GCGUUGAAUGUGACCAUUGUGUCUCGAGGGAUCACAACUUCAUCACCAGCAGCUACCCAACAGAUGACUGUGCGAGAUGCUCUCAACACUGCACUCGAUGAAGAGCUAGCCCGAGAUGAGAAGGUUUAUGUUCUGGGAGAGGAAGUAGCACUCUACGAUGGUGCGUACAAAGUCACACGAGGGCUGUAUGAGAAGUACGGGGAAAAGAGAAUCCGAGAUACACCAAUCACCGAGAUGGGAUUUGCGGGCAUAGCUGUUGGCUCUGCUAUGGCUGGCCUCAGACCCGUUUGUGAAUUCAUGACCUUCAACUUUGCCAUGCAGGCUAUUGAUCAGGUCAUCAACUCUGCAGCCAAGACACAUUACAUGUCUGCUGGACGGGUACCCGUUCCCAUAGUAUUCCGUGGUCCCAAUGGUGCUGCCUCAGGGGUUGGUGCCCAGCAUUCUCAGUGCUUUGCAGCCUGGUAUGGCCAUUGCCCUGGUCUAAAAGUAGUAAGUCCAUACUCUGCAGAAGAUGCCAAGGGUCUAUUGAAAGCUGCUAUCAGGGAGGAUAACCCAGUUGUGGUUCUGGAGAAUGAGCUGCUUUACGGCACAGCCUUUGACAUGUCCGAGGAGGCCAUGAGAGAUGACUUUAUUAUACCUAUUGGCAAGGCUAAGAUUGAGCAGGAAGGUACGGACGUAACAUUGGUGGCUCAUAGCAUAAGUGUACAGCGCUGUCUGGAAGCCGCUAAGCAGCUUCAAACAGAUGGAGUAUCUGCUGAGGUAAUCAAUAUGCGUAGCAUCAGACCCUUGGAUCAAGACGCUAUAGUAAACUCAGUCAAGAAAACCAACCACCUCGUGUCAGUUGAGGGUGGCUGGCCUCAGUUUGGAGUUGGGGCAGAAAUUCUUGCAAGAAUGAUGGAGAGUGAAGCAUUUGACUAUCUUGAUGCACCAGCUGUACGUGUAACUGGAGCAGAUAUCCCCAUGCCAUAUGCUGCCUCUUUAGAACAGGCUAGUCUUCCCACAGCAAAAACUAUUGUAGAUACUGUCAAAAGAUUACUUAUGAUUGAAAACAAACAGUCCAUGCAACAUUGAGACAUGUAGAUUGCAAAUAGUCAUUAUUUGAAUUUUGUUUUAAUGUGUAAGAGGGAAUCCUACAGUAUGAAGUGUAACGUGUUUGUACGACAUUGGGAAUAUUCAAAUGAACACCAAAAACCCUACCAGGCCAAAUGAGAUAUUCAGCCAUGUAAUGGUUUCCUUUAAAGUAUGUAACAUUGUGGUUCUCCAUCGAAAGUUACAUGUAUUGUCCCUGCAUCAAACUGAUGGCUUAAAACACAACAGCUAUUAUACCAACUGAUUUGGUAACACCCACUAGAAGAGUUAAUACUUGACUGAUUGACACCAGAGCCCAACUUCAAAGAGCUGCUUAAGCACAAAAGUAAGCUAAGCAAAACAAAAUUAAGCUAACCAGAGUAAAGUUACCAGAUAAAAUAUCAUUUCACAUGUACAAAUUAUGACUGGUAUACUGCUAAAUGUUGCUAAGCAGUAUUUCCUGCUUAAUUAGCUUUAUGAAGUUUGGCCCUGGUUUAAGUACACAGAUGUACAGCAGUGUGGUUUGAAACAAUAUCAAGGCAUGUUGCUUUGAAUUCUAGUUUUGUUUUCAUCACACAAGGAAUCUACCUAAUAUGAAAUGUAGUGACAAAUUUGGUUAAACCCUUACACCGAUGUGUGUUAGCACUGUAUACUCAGUAGUUUCCCCCGAGUCCUGUGAAAAUAAUCACAGACAUA